AUGCCAGGCUCUCGAGCAGAGUCUCAGAAAUCCCAGUUUAGUGGUCGCCGUCGGUCAAAUACCGCUCAGUCUAUCCUGCGGAGUGCUGCACCAGUUAUUACAAUGUUACAAGUUGGAGACUACAAGAUCCUGAAUGCUUGGGUACACGACAAUGUCAAGGAGUCCAACGCAAUCCUCUUCAACCAGUCAUUAUGGCCUGGUGUUUUGGAGGGUGACAUGUUACGCAUAACUGCCAGCAGCGAAGACAGUGACCCCGGCGCUGGUAUCUUGUUCAUUGUACCCAGGGACGAGGGUUCUUCUAAACCCCAACUUCAGAUAUCAAUCCCCAAACCCGUGGCCGAUGCGUUCAACUGGAGGAACAAUAUGGAGGUUAUGGUUACUAAGGUGGAGAGGGAGAACCACCAAGCAGAUUACGUUGAAUUAAUCUUUCAAGACCAGUAUCUAGGAAGAAACGACAUGUGGCGCCUAGGAGAACAUCUUGUUGGACAAUGCAUUUAUAAAAAUCAAGAAAUCUCAUUUAUUGGUGCAAUAGCUGCGAAAAUACACUCCAUCUACGUAAAUGGGAAGCAGGUUUCUGCUGCCUGUAUGACGGCCACUACGAAAACCAUCUACAGAUCUCUUUCAGCGAAAGUGAUGAUCUUCAUCCAAGUUUGCCGGGAGCUCUGGGAAUUCUCUGGCGACGGCGAGCGUUACAACGAGAAGAUUGUCCAUUCCUUCUUGCCCGCGCUCUUCGCCAAAUGGAGGGAAGCUGGCACAAAUCACAUCGUCACCAUUGUCCUCAUUUCUCGGGUCUACUACGAACAGUCGGAAAUCGACUACGCUGCUGGACCACUUCGCUUAGAUGACCAAGGGAACUGGUACAAAGACUUCUACAAAGUCAUUACCGACUUAGAGGUCAUAUACGACUGGAAACCUACCCUAGUUAGCCUGAAGAACUCGUUUUGGGACUUUCAACGCGACAUUCUUUUGACGCACCACCAUCACCGUGCCGCUGCAGACCCUCAGGCCGGCGCGGCCGAUCAAGUCAGGCUAGUCGGGCGUCUUUCCUUCGCUCACGACGGACCCAUCCUGGAAGCUCUAAACCUGGCGCUGAAUCCUACUGAGACUCACUAUAUUGAUCGGUCUCUAUCGCUAACUGGUGCUACUACAAUAUUGAUCACACCCGGGACCGGCUAUUUCAGAGUCUCAAAAGCUCUCCUCCGUUUGACUACAACAAGGAUGCUAGACCAAGGAUUUGGCCUCGACUUGAUAUCUUUGGCGAAGCCCCCACUUCACCAAAGUCCCGUAUUUAGCUUUGAAGGCAUCGACCCCGAGUUGAAAACCGACAAAGACCCAAGAACAUCGCUGAACGCUCGUUCGAUGGACCCUCUCUGGGGCGGCGGUGACAAUCCAGCGGAUCCAUUGAAUAAGACUGUUUUCUGGUGGGAGCCGUUUUGGAUCUCAAUUACGUUCUGGGAUGGUCAGAUGGAUUUGCCGUUUCGUCAGGAUCGAUUCAUUGCGCGAGCUAAGAUGCAUGAGAUUCAGAUGCUUGGACUACUCGAACACGAUGUGCUUUCGAGUAUCGAGGUUCCAUUUCUGCCUGCCGCUGAAGCAGAAAUAAGUACUUUCACGGAGCGGAUGGAGGAAGGCCGGUCCUGGAAGGUCAAGGCAGACAAAUACGAUUCUAGUGUCUUCACUCUCAAGCCCGAUAGUAAACCAGCUACAAACAGUCGUAGCUCUCACCCUUCCUCUUAUGCAUCCUCGAGCAGCGGUACAGUCGUGGCGGCUUCGUAUAGGACGAUUACGGAAAAGAGGACUCAUGUAUCUCACCGUAACGCUAUUGAUUCUGCCAAAAUUCCUCCCAUCGAAGAGAGCCCUCUUCGCAUCGUCAUGGAUCUCCCUCCUGAAGAAAGGAUAACCCAGAGCGGUUUCUUAUCGGUAGCGAGCACUUCGCCUUCUCGUGCCUCCUUGCAAUCUAUCCAAUCUUCGCAGCGAAUGACCCGCCCAGAAAGUCCAGGGGGGACCUCUCGAGAUUCUAGUUCGAUCAGAAGCGCUACGGCCAAGACGAAGAACUCAUCCUGGUGGUUUCAUCCUUUCCGUAGUGUCCCUAGCGAGCCCGAAACGACUCAAGUGUCUGCUUCUGCUUCCCCUAGUUCGAGUAGAGCAAGCUUAAGUCUCAUGCCAAUUUCUUCUCCCGUUCGGAUGCCUGCCGUGUCGAAGGCCACCGUCAAACAGAGUGAUGUUACCAACACUUCUGUUCCUGCAACUGCCAAAACCGCGUCCUCGAUGCGCUCCACUGCAUCUCGCGUUAUUGACGACGACACGCCUUCCCUUCGGACGCCUCUCGUGCGGUACUCUCCCAUCAAUACGCCACCUCGAGACGACCAUAUGACAAUCAAGCGUCGCAGUGCCAAUCUAGCGACGCCCAUAGCAUCUUCAUCUCCAUCUUCUAGACCCAACCCCUCUCGCAAGGAAUCCGCUAUUUCCGGGGCACAAUCUUCACUUGCUCGUCGAUGGCAGCAUAUGUUCCCACAACCCGUUUACAAGCACGAAAUCAAAUGGCGGUCUAUGGUCACUCCAGGAUGUCUACCGCUGACGGGCGAAUAUUUCCCUUCAGCCUCCGAACUAGAAGCAUCGUACGACGUAUACUCUUAUGACUUUGUAGUUGACCUUCGGGAGAUGCACCCCUUCCUGGUCAAAGUCCCGCCCUCUCGAGGUAACGAGGACGACAACCGUCGUUCGUGGGCUUUGGUGGUCAUGCGGGGUAUGGCUGCAAUCCGGCUGGCGCAAGGAUUCCAGUUCGUACUACGCCCGCCAAAAGCUGACAGUAGCAUCCCGGUGGAAGCAAAGGCUUUGUACCGACGGACGGCAUCUUCAUAUCUCACCGACGAUGAUAUGACACCCAAGCCCAAGGGUGCAGCUGAGAUACUGCAAUCUACUGUCGAUCCCAUAUACCUCUCAAUGAGCAAUGAAAUCCACCGAAUCGCGUACGAAGGAGAUACCAUCAAAGUCAGUCGGUAUGUCCGCCGCAUGCCGCCAAUGCCACCCAUUCAAUACAAAUGUCUUAUUUGGCCGAAGCUGGGUGGUGGAUACACAGAACUUUCUACCGAGUUUACCUCUCAUGGUUUUGAAGGGCACGUUUGGAAUCGAUUGGACAUGCUUGCUGGAGGUUACGAACAGCAGUUUGACGAGGCUGUCCGCUACUGGCGAACACGAUUCAUCGUUAUCCCAACAAUAGAACCGCCUCUGCCCUAUGUGGGACCGCAGGGAGAAGUAUUGAACGACGAAGAAACGAGGAUACUAGGCAUUGAGAAGCUCGCCGAAAUCUUCACAAAGCUUCGCUGGCAGGUCGACGACAAGACGCCCCCCGUUCGCUUCCUCCCUACUACGCUUGGGCCGGCCAUGUCGGUCUUGGAUGACUCCCUCAUGGCACAGCUGGAUGAAAUCCACGCUGCUGGUCCCCUCCGUAAGAAGAUGAAGAGCGAGCGGGAGAUCGGUGAGAUGCCACUACAAGCCAUUCCAAAGGCCAUGCGGGAGGAAGACGGUGUACCGAUCAAACAUUAUCAGUGGCAUGGGGCCCAGUACCACAAUUCUUUCACAGGGUUUGAUUUCGUUUCUUGGGUCGUGCGCGAAUUCCGAGAUGUCUCUUCUCGGGCUCAAGGUACAGAGUUCGGCGUCAAAUUGAUGGAGCAAGGUGUGAUUGAACAUUGUCGCGAUCGUCAUGGAUUCCUGGAUGGCCAUUACUUUUACCGUUUCAAAGGAGAGUUCGCAGUUCCAAUGACACCUCGAGGAUGGUUUAAAUCCAGGCGGAGUGGCGCCGAGGAACUUGGACGUAGCUACUAUCCGAGUAGCAACAUCAUGGGGAAACGCAAACCCGCCAGCCCGCGUCGGCGAAAGAAGAAGCUGAUAUUGAGCCAAACGCUUGUCAUUGACGUUGAUCCUAAUAAGCGGAGUGACCAAGCCGAAACAGUUAUUCUACAUCACGAUAUCAUCCACAAUCCGGGGACCGUCUUACACUUCGAACUCCAAUGGAUCGGAACCACAGCGCGAUGUAUUGAAGACCAACUGAGACAGUGGAGCCGGACAAUUGAACGCUACGGCCUGAAACUCGUCGAGGCCUAUGUUACCCAGAUAUGCGAUGUACGAGAACGCAACGCCUUUCAGUCCUGUUUUCCGGUCCGCCUUGCCAUUCCUCCCCCAAUAGUGCCGGACCUAGAGCGAAGAGUAUCAGAGAACACACAGACGAAGUGCUACUUUGAAUACGCGUUGCUCAGGCACUUCGAUUUUAUUCUGGACAUAGAAGCCUCCGAGAUGUACCCCGACUCCGUGGAUGUUGUGUACUCCUACCGGCGGUCCCCGUACAAGCACUCGCAAUUCGUGCAUCGGUCUGGAGUCGCAUUCGUACAAGUCCUAGGCGGAUCCCAAGGAUUUCUGUUCUUGACCAACCGCUUAAUGGGACCAGGGAGAAUGGGCACCGCCGUGAAGAGCAAAGAUCAUCGACCAGCAGCUGCGGCCGAGGAAAUCAGGAUUCGGUUGAAUCGUUUCUGCUGCGAUGGGGCGGCCCUGACCAAGUUUUAUGACAAGGAACUGGCCUCGCUGGGUAACCCAGAGCCCGAGGACCCCCCUCCACUUAGUAUAUAA